CAAUAACUCUUAUAAAUUAAAAUAACUAUUGUUUAAGAGUUCCCAUAAUUUUCAAUAAAAUGUUUCUUAAAUCUAUAUAUUUAACACUAAUAAUGGCCUCAAUGGCCGAGUAUACGAUGGGUUGCUCAAUGACCGAGGAUCAAUUGGAUGAAUGUUUUUACAACUCCAUGUUUUUUGGUAGUAAGGAUGCGAUCGUGCCCGGCAAUGAUGCUGAACUUGAUCAGCAUUGCAGCAUUAUAAGAGAAGGUUCAAAAUGUAUUAAAAACUAUGCGGACACCUGUUUAGAGCAAAACAGUUUCCCGCAAAAAGUGGUACAAUUGAUGUACACAAACAUUGGCCAUCAUAUGGACAACCGGUGCAAUAAGCCGUCGGAGAGGACAGAGUUCUUAGAGAAUAUACAGUGCUUUUUGCCCAAAGAAAAGAUGGAUCCGUUGCACGUCUGCAGCGAUAAGUUGACCAAAUUUGUUGAGCUCACGUCACAGAUGAACAAAGAUGAGCCACAUUUGCCAUUCAUUUGCUGCGGUUUCCAAGAGUAUCGCCACUGUAUUGUUAGCAACACGGAAAAGAUCUGCACAGUUGGUCACUCUCAGUUCUGGGACGAGAUUUUUGACGAGAUGUCAAUGGAGGCGAUUACGUAUGCUUGCUCAAAUUAUGAAACAUAUGAGAAAUGCCAUAAAAACCUGUACCCCGAGGGACUGGCAAAGAUCACUGCCAUUAUGGAGGCAACCGAUCCGGCCGUUUGGCACCACGGCUUCAAAACUCCGGUCAAAUUCUUUCUCGAUAUGAUCAGAAAGUUUUAUUGAUUUUAUUUUUUGUUUGUUUAAAAAAUUACUAGAAAAUUAUGAAUUACAAAAAUAAAUUUAUU